AUGAAAUCUGAUGGAGUAGCCAUAAUGACCUACUUUGUAUGUGGUACCUGCGUUGUUAACCCCACCGACCUGUUCUGCUCUGUACCUGGUCGCUUGUCGCUACUCAGCUCCACUUCAAAGUACAAAGUGACCAUUGCAGAGGUGAAGAGACGCCUUUCACCGCCAGAAUGCCUCAACGCUUCCCUCUUAGGAGGUAUUUUGAGAAGAGCAAAAUCUAAGAACGGAGGACGUUGCCUGAGAGAAAAAUUAGACAGACUGGGACUGAAUUUACCUGCAGGAAGAAGAAAAGCAGCAAAUGUCACACUCCUGACUUCCUUGGUAGAAGGGGAAGCAUUACAUUUGGCCAGAGAUUUCGGCUACACCUGUGAAACAGAAUUCCCUGCCAAGGCAGUAGGAGAGCACAUUGCCAGACAGCACAUGGAACAGAAAGAGCAGACAGCAAGGAAAAAGAUGAUCCUAGCAACAAAACAAAUAUGUAAAGAAUUCCAAGACCUUCUCAGUCAAGACAGGUCACCCCUUGGAUCCUCCAGACCGACUCCAAUACUAGACCUUGACAUCCAGAGACAUUUAACACAUUUCAGUUUGAUCACUCACGGUUUUGGAACUCCUGCAAUAUGUGCUGCCCUAAGCACUUUCCAAACUGUUCUCAGUGAAAUGCUGAACUACUUGGAAAAGCACACAUCGCACAAAAACGGAGGAGCGGCGGAAUCCGGCCAAGGACACGCCAACUCGGAGAAAGCCCCCCUACGGAAAACUUCAGAGGCUGCUGUGAAAGAGGGCAAAACAGAAAAGACAGACUAG